AAUAUGAGUGCAGCAGCUGUGGUGAAGCAGCACAUCAAUAGGAAGUUCAGUCUGCACGGACUGCUGUUGCAUGCAGAUGGGAGCAAGUACUUGGCCAACUUGCUCACGCCACUCACAGAUGACUCACAGAAGACAGAGUGGCUCAAACGCAUCCUAGAUUGCAUCCUAAAAGGCACUAUUGAAUCCCCGAUUGUGACUAAGGCUCAAAUUGAAGCAGCCGUCAAUGAAUGCACCACGGGUGAUGAUGAAGGUGACGAACAAAUGAUGGUGCAAAUCAUUCAAGCUUUUGACUUCCCACGAUUUUUCUUCUCGCCUGAACGAAAAAAAUUUGUAACUGCGGAAGAAUUGAAACUACCGCCUUCAACUUUAUUCGACGUACCUGAGCAAAAGUCUCAGCUCUUUUGUUACCGCUAUGACGUAAUCAGGCAACGUUUAUUGCGUCAUAAAUUGUUCACAUCGGUAGGAGCGUAUGGAAGUGGGGAAGCGAAAAUGAAGUUGCAUGAUGUAGAGUUUCUUUUGACCUUGAAAACUACUUUGCCAGAUGUUAUAGCACUGGGAAUGGUAGUGCAGCUAAAAGAUAGCAAGUAUUUUCUGGAAGAUCCAAGCGGAGUUGUUCCAAUUGAUCUUUCCACUUGCAGGUACCAAUCUGGAAUUUUCACUGAGUCAUGUAUAGUAUUGAUUGAAGGUACAUUUGUCGAGGGUGUUUUAAGAGUCAAAGCGAUUGGCCAUCCGCCUAUCGAAACUGCAGAAAACUCACGACUUCAAUUUGGAAAUAUCAAUUUUUUUGGAGGCUCACAAAAAACUUGUGCAAAAUCAUCGGAAAAGCUGAAACAUCUCGAAGCUCAAAAUCCUAACGCAAUGUUAGUUUUCUGCUCGGAUGUUUGGCUUGACAAAAUGGAAACUAUAGAAAUGUUGAACAAAAUGUUUCUGGGCUUUCAAGAUAGCCCUCCUGUAGCUUUUGUGUUUUGUGGCAAUUUCUUAUCAACUUCCUACGGCAAGCAGUCAUUUCAAAAAUUAACGGAAGCCUUUAAGAGGUUUGCGCAACUUUUGCAGGAUUUCAAGCCACUUCUUAAAUCUUCAAGGUUGGUUUUGGUUCCGGGGCCCUCCGAUCUUUGUUCGUCUGUAAUUUACCCGAAGUCAGCGUUUCCAGGAAUUCUGAGAAAACAUUUCGUCAAUAUUCCAAAUGUGAUUUUUUCGACAAACCCUACAAGAAUUGUCUAUUGUACCCAAGAGAUAGUGAUCAUGCGCGAAGACUUGUUGCACAGAAUGUUCCGGACUGCUGUUCAUAUUCCACAAGUUCCCGUGAAGGAAAUGCCUGCGCAUCUUGUCAAAUGUCUUCUCGCCCAAGCCCACCUCUCGCCUUUACCUCUACACGUUAGUCCUGUCUACUGGGGUUUCGAUUAUACAAUGAGACUCUACCCUGUUCCAGAUUUAUUGGUACUGGCGGAUAAGUUUGACAGUUACAAAGUUCAAAGUAACGGAGUGAUGGCUAUUAAUCCAGGAAGUUUUUCAGCCCAAGACCGGUUUUCAUUCAAAGUGUAUUUUCCACAAAGCAAAGAAGUAGAAGAGAGUAAAAUUUCAGAAUAAUUAAGGAUACUUUUGAAAUUAAAAUAAACGGUUUUGAAUUGAAUUUAUUUGUUUUAGAUUGUUCAGUGAGAAGUGCUUAUAUCUUUUAAAAUAUUAAAGGAUGCUUGAGAAUUUUUGAUUACUUGGUGUGU